AUGCCUGAAGCAUCUUCCUCACUUGCUCCGAAGGGAACUACUCCGAAACAGCCCUCGAAUGAUGAAACCACACCAUUACUUAACCAUGGGACUUCCGGAGAGCUGUCUAUCAUUACCCCAGCUGGCUCUGGGGGGAUGGGAUCUGGAUCUGGCCAUGAAACUGAUGCGACUUCCUACUCAUCGGCCCCUUCCUUGUUGUACUAUAGACUUCGCAUUCUAGGGUUCACAAUCAUUACGCUAACAUUAAUCUGUCUAUUGUCGUACAUAGUCCUCUCAGAUUUGGAUUCCUCUAUGGAAAGUGUAGUAACUACCAAUGUUGACUCAAUUCAGCUAGUUGGUUUCAGCGAUAGGGGCAUAGAUUGCCAUAUCAUCGGCUCCGUAGAGAUCAACUAUGAUAACAUAGUAAAUCACCCGAUUCAGAAAGGUUUUCUAAAAUUUACAUCAUACUGGUUGGUGGGAUCAGUGGUUAUUUCCCCAGUAGAUCCAAUAAAACUCUUUAUUAAGCCUGAUAAUGCUGAUGAUGAUGAAAAGAACAAGGAGUUUUUUGAGUUUGUUGAGGUCUUUUCGCCAGACUUUAAAAUCGAUGUCAAUAAUCAUGGCGUCACUCCAAUUGAUAUGAUAACUAGCUCCAAAUUAAAUUCUACAAAUUUCUUAAAAUAUACCAAAUAUUUUUUGAAUAAGGUAUCCAAGUUUGAGCUAAAUGCCAAGUUCCACGCUAACUUCAAGACACCUAUAUUCACGUUGAACAAUUACCCCAUAAACUUCUAUACCUUUGUUGAUAUGGAUAAAGAUAUAGAUCCACAAUUUGAAGUAAAGCUGAUUACGAUAGCGAAAGAUGAAACAGAUGCAUUGGUAUAUAAUUCUGAGAUAUCUGUUGAAAAUGACUUGCCUAUAACAUUCACUCUAGAACCAAUGGAUUGGGUCUUAUCAUUGAAGGAUGAAGUUAGCGAAUAUGUUGACGUAACUAAGCUUAGGUCUGAAACUAUUGAAAUUGAGCCAAAGACUCCUAUAAGCAUUACAGUGAAUGGGAUACUAGGCGAAAUGGCUAAUGCUCAAGGCACAAUAAUUGAGCUUGUUCAAAAAUAUCUUGCAGAUGAUCCAAUAGAUAUUUAUCUUAGCUCAGCAACUUCUUCAAAGUUGACAGAUCCUCCUACUAGAUUACCUGGUUGGAUUAUUGAUAUAUUCAAAGGUUUGCAUUUCCCAUUGAAACUCAAACACUUGCCCAGACCAGAUUCACUUAUUCACCAUUUUCAAAGUCUGAAUUUAUCUGUUGACUCUUUUGUAGUCGGAACUGGAACAGACAAUAGUGACUUAGUAGUUAGCUCCAAUUUCCUGAUUCUUUUAGAUUCAUCAUUAUUCAAGGUUUUAGAUGUUGAUAUUCAAACUUUUGAAGCAGAUUUUGCCAUUUUAUUUGAAGAAGAUGAAGUAGUUACUGGCAAGUCAAAGAGCCAGCAUACUGUUGCGUUACUGAAGCUACAUUCGAAAGAACUUUUGGCAAACAUUUCAAUGAAUUCCUUGACUUUAUCAGUUGCAAACGAAAAGGCUUUAAAUAAAGUCAUCAAGGAGUUCCUAGCAGCUGAAACACAAGUGAAAUUAAUUACCAACAUUAAUCGCUUAGACGUUGAUUUGCAAAUACUACCUUUCCUUUCUAGCUCUCAGUUGAAAGACUUACAAACAGAUGGAUUGCCAAUAAAUUUACCCUUACUUGAAGGUGAUUUCACUUCAAGCUUAAUAUCGAAUUACGUUAAAGGCAUCUCAAUUUCCAAUAUCCUGCUCAUCCAAUCUACAUCAACAAGGUUAGAUUUAAAAUUGGAUGUAGGAAUGGAAAUUGAUAAAGAUUUUUUACUAGAUUUUAAGAUUUCACUGAUUAACUACAAUAUUUACUACCAAGGUAAAGUAUUAUCAUCAGUAUUAUUGUCAGAUAUUGAUAAUAUUUCUAGUAUAAUUAAUAUUUCGGCCGUUAAAAUAUCCAUCUACCAUGAUACAGAAAAUGAAGAUGAGUUGCAAGAUUUGCUAAGUAGAUUCAUUUCCGGCAACCAUUCAAAUGUUUCAUUAGACUUAAAAGAUGGAUUGGUAAAGUUUGAUAGCAAUCAUAAUUUGGAUCAAAUCUUUUCGAAUAUUGACAUACACAACAUCAAAUUGCCAAGUUUUGACUUUAAGAGAGACGACAAUGACGUUAACGUGAUGUCGCCAUUUUUAGUUGAUGCUACAAUCUACAUUUUGAAGUCAGAAAUUGAAAUUACUAUAUAUAAUCCAUUGACAAAUUGCAAUAUCUUAGCUGAAAUAGUUUCAGCAGAGGCUACAUAUGAAGGAUCAGAGCUAGGACACAUUGGAAGACAGCAUAUGGAUGUGACGCCAGGAAUUUUCGUUCUGCAGCGUAUCCCAUUCAAGACCAACCAAGGUAUUGGGUCAGAUAUUUUGAAGAAGGCACUCAACAAUCAAUUGGAUAUUGAAAUCAAGGCAAUAUUUGACGUAAAGUUGAAGGGCCAAGAGUUUGAGCAGUUGCAACUAAUGUUUAGAGGAAGCGGAUUGAAAACUAGCAUUAAGUUGUAA